AUGUCGGCCAGGAAGAAGAAAGUGUCCACCGGGCUGGGCGCCCUGCAAUGGCAGCGGCAGCUCCCGUUUUCGGCGAGCGCCCUGUUGUUGCUUGCGUCGCUCCCCAUGGCGCUGAGCUCCACUUUGUCCGGCAUCACCCACGCGUCGGAAUUCACCAAUGGCGUGCCGUACCAAGCGCCUCUUAUCGAGCCACUCAACCGGCUCGGCGUGCAGGAGGACACGGCUGCCAAGAACAUGUCGCAGUUCGUCCACAUUGGUUGCUUCAUCGCUUCCAUGGGCAUCACCCGGGACGCGGAGCAGGACACGCACUUCGACCCGAGCGCCUGCGUGGAUGUCUGUCGGAGUCGCUACCCCAAUGCAGCCCUCAAGGACAUCGCGGUAGCUGUGCACGGUCCGCGGUGUGGCUGCGCACUAGGAGCUCUUUACGAUACCUUCACCGAAGCUGACCCCAGCUUCUGUACGAUGCAGUGCAAGUUUUUCGAGAACCCCAUUUGCGGGGGCUUGCCCUCCUUUUGGGGAGUUUUCGUUCAGUAUGACUUUCAAUCCUACGCCUCCCAUGGGGCCUACGACCCAUGGCGGAAGAUUUGGUACUCGAUCGUCGCUGUGCGCGAAGCCACGAUCAUCGGGGAUGAGGUCCACACCCUGGAGAAGGCCCAGGAGGUCAUGAGCGAGGCGCUGUCGGCGAAGCGCCCGGAGCUGCAGACGGAUGCCUUGACCUUCAAGGAGGAGAUGCGGAGGGUGCAAGAAGAACACCCGGAGAAGAGGCAUGACUUUACCUUCUGCCGUCACGAAGUCCUGCGGAAGCUGACAGGCAUCAUGCAGGCUUUGCUUGUCUGGAGGAGAUUAAGUCGUCGCUUAGUAAGGUGUUUACUCAUGAGACGGCAUAAACGGUUUGCAGUGCACAGCAGGAACUGGGGUGUGAGGAAACGGAAGACAUGGGCUUUGCAAAGCCUAGAUUGA